AUGAUUGAAUUUUCAAUUACUUAUUCACUUUAUUUAAAUAUUCUUUAUAUAUUCGGAAGAUAUUGGGAGGAUUUUAGGUUAAAGAAGGAAUCCCUAGGUUUUUUAGCUGCUUUAAACAUGUCUUUUAAAUUAUAUCUCGAUUUUUUGGAUCAAUUGAUUGGAGAUCCAAAUAAUAGUAUAUAUUCAAAUGUUUCUGGUAAUUUAUAA